GUAGGAGGAGGAUGUGAAAAAGCUGACAUUUGUCAGUGUUGACACUGAAAGAGAGCAGCAGCUGGACUCAGCCCGUCUCGGCGGAUUUUUACACACAGGCGGUGCGAGGCUGCGGCCGCGUGAAAACAAACUGCCUGCUUUUAAUGAUCUGAUUUAAAGACGCGCACAGCUGUCCAUCCGUCCAGAGAGCCGCAGACAGACGCAGUCAUGAUGGACUCUAUCUUAGACAGUUUAACGGCAGAGAAACUCUACCCGUCCGGAGGGACCAACCUGUUGGACCUGGAGGAACUCAGCGACGGGGAUUUUCUCACUAAUGUGCCUUUCUCAGGUGACCAGAUGGACGACUUCAGCAGUGAAUUAUUUAACAGUUUCUUCGAUGACCACGUAUUAGAGCGACCCCUACUGGCAGACAGACCUUCAUUUUUACACAUUGACAUGGACAGCAGCCCAGAUAUUCAAGCAGAGCACAGCUACUCCUUGAGUGAAGACUCAGCCCCCCAGAGCCCAGCCCUGUCAGUCAAAAUGGACCAAGACUCUGAGUUUGAAUGGAGCUUCAGUCAGGACCUGUCAGCCAUCUUGGUGAAGCAGGAGGAGCCUGAUGUGGGUCAAAGGUUAGAUCCUCAACCUAUGGAAGGCCCGCCUCUCAUAUUAAGCCCCGCCCCUCCACACAGAGGCUCACCAUGGAAACACACGGAGCGCAGUCCAGAUGAUGUGAAGCCCGUUGCUAUAAAAGAUGAACCCAGAGAGAUUGGACAGUACCUCAGCCUGCCCAGCGACGAUGCUCUCCAGCUGCCGCCCACCCCUCCCAGCAGUAACCACGGCGACAGCGACGGCUCGCUCCCCCCCUCCUCCCCACACCUCCCUCUGCCGCCGUCUUCCCCUCAACCACAACAGAGGCCAGGAGGUCGUGCCUCGUCCUCGUCCUCAUCUUCUUCAGCUAUCUCCUCUUCGCCUCUCCUCACUGCACCGCAUAAACUGCAGGGUUCAGGACCCCUCAUGCUGACAGAAGAAGAGAAGAGGACCCUGGUUGCUGAGGGUUACCCGGUACCUAACAAACUUCCUCUCACUAAGAGUGAAGAGAAGGCACUGAAGAGAGUCCGACGAAAGAUCAAAAAUAAGAUCUCAGCUCAGGAGAGUCGGAGGAAGAAGAAAGAGUAUGUGGAAUGUCUGGAGAAAAAGGUGGAGAAUUACACAUCAGAAAACAGCGACCUGUGGAGAAAAGUAGAACACCUGGAGACUGCCAACAGGUCUCUCCUACAGCAGCUCCAGAAGCUCCAGUCACUGAUUUCGGGGAAAGUCGUCCCCCGUUCCUGUAAAAUGGCCUCAACUCAGACAGGAACAUGCCUCAUGAUGAUGGCCCUGUGUUUUGUCCUGGUGUUGGGCUCCUUCUCUCCCUGCAUCUCUCCCCUCUCCUUGGUCACUCACACCUCCUCUUUGCCCUCCUCCCCCUCUUCUUCUCAGUCCUCCCCCUCUUCUCAUUCUCCUCCAUCCGCGGACCUCUACACCACCAGCCAGGUCCGUUCCCGCAGCCUGCUCUUCUACAAUGAAGGGGCGCCACCGGAGGACAGUUUAGUGGCAUCAGAAGGAGAGAGGCUACAGUCAGAAGGCCACUCCCACAACCAGAUCAGCCGAUACACAGCUGACGCCCACAGCAACCAGACACGUGGGCCCAAGUUAGAGCAGAGAGAAACAAAACCAGAUGGAGCCUCUGAGUUUUUCUGACACAGCUCGACCUCUCCUCACCUAACUUCUCCCCUCUGAAUCCCUACAAAAAACCCCAAUGCCCCAGAUUGCUGAAAUCAACAAUCAGCUGGACCAAAACAUGCAUCUUCUUUAGUCUGUCAGUAAAUCCAUUGUCAUCAUCUCCGCUAGUGAGCUUUUUGAAUUAAGGCUUCAGACUGCAGAUACUCCCAUCCUACACCUCUGUUACCAUGCCUUUAUGUACAGCUUCACUUCUCCGCUUUAACAGACUCUGUUAUACUUGAAUGUUCCUGAUUUUUAAAUGGACCUUCUUGUUGGAAUUUCCCUUGUUAUGCACAAAAACCUAGUAUAAUUUUAAAUACUCAACAAAUCUUUUUAUAUUCAGUUUUAAAAAAAAAUAUAGUUUAGAAUUCACAAAGCAUUAAAAAUAGUCGCCUUAUUUAAACCUUAAAGAACCUCUGGUCAGAACUUACAGAUUUGGUUCAUUUGAACAGGUCAUGAGCACAAAAUAGACACAGUUGCCAAGAAGAAAGGCACUUAAAGUUGUGAUUGUGUAUAAAGACCUUUUGUGUCACUGUGUCAUGACAGCCCUAAAAAUUACCAUCUAAAACAGCUGUUUUCUGUUUCCAGAAAUAUCUUUAAUUACUCCCCACAACAAAUGAAGUGUAGCUUUGCCCUUUAAUGCAACGCAACACAGUCUUUGCAAAAGAAAGCAGAAAGCAUUAUGGAAAUGUGGCUGAAAUAAAUGUAAGAUAAGACCUUGCACAUUUAAGAACAUAAAAGCUUAUAUAGUGAAACAUAACUGUGGGAGUCUAUUUUUAUCAUGUGGUACUUCCAAGACACUCCUGGUGUACCACAUUAGAUUAGUGCACAUAGCAUAAAGGGCUGCAUCUAACUUAGUUUGUCAUCAAUAUGGAGAUUUAUCAAUUAAUAUGCAUUUAGAAAUAGUAAAAAUAAUCCAAACCCCAAACAUAUUUAAGUGGCUAGCCCUUUUUUGCUUGACCAGUUCAAUGCUUGUUAGCAGUGUGCAUGUGUCUUGUGCUGAUGGCGGUGCAAGUAAUUUCCUGUUCUUGCAUAUCAGGAGUAUAAUUUUUCCUCAGUACGCAGCCUCUGCUGCAUUUUACAUUUGGUCGUCUCUCCUCUGCUCUCUGUUUCACCUUAUGUGUGAAAACUCCUCCCAUACACACAAAGUGAAGCAGAGCAGUUGACCUAGGGGAAAAACAGGUAAUAGGAAACACUCUGAAAUAGAUUGCAGCAUGUGUUAAUACUGCCAACUAGACAUCAACAUAUACUUUUGGAAGCUGUGCCAUUCUGAAAGUGCCUUCCACUUUGUUCAGUUGAAUAUGACCGACUUGGCCUUACACCCAAUGCCCCACAUGGAAGCACAGACCUGGAAAUGUUACUCUAAACUAGAUAACACACUAUUUGUUUAGGGCUGGCCUCAUCCUUUUCAGCCCUACUGUGUGUGUGUGUGUGUGUGUGUGUGUGUGUGUGUGUGUGUGUGUGUGUGUGUGUGUGUGUGUGUGUGUGUGUGUGUGUGUGUUCUGUUAUCAGGAAAUGGCUGAAUCAUCAUUUUUGGGUGAAACCUUUUAUUUCACAUUUAUUUACACAUU